CUGCUUGAUAAGGAAUGUAAUGGAAGGCCACGGUUGUUUACAAAGGUAACGUUAAAGAAAACGGUGAGAAUGAGCUGUGUUGUACAAAGUGUGGGAGCGCUGAAGCUGCUAUGGCCGUGAGAUGGCGAGGGAUAUAGCCAUGAACCCCGUGAGGCCUGCUGACUCCCCUGCCCAGAGUCAUGCCUCUCUCCUCUCCUCUCCCGGCUCCAUGGGCUCAGCGGGGGCCAGGGACGACUCGGGGGAGCCCGAUGACCGGGUCCGGAUCAAGAGCAAGCUUGUGUCUGCCUGGAAUAGUGUCAAAUAUGGCUGGACUUUUAAGUCAAAAUCCCGCUUCAAUAAGAGGUCGCCUGUAUUCCUUCUGGGACAGUCUUACUUGCUGAGCUAUGCCGGCGACAGGGAGGAAUUCCGCCGAGCCUUUUCCUCUCUGUUUUGGCUGACCUACCGGAAAAGCUUCCCUCAGCUGGCCGGCUCCACACUGACCAGUGACUGUGGCUGGGGCUGCAUGCUGCGCAGUGGACAGAUGCUCCUGGCCCAGGGGCUCGUCCUUCACCUGCUCCCACCAGGAUGGACUUGGGCUGACUCGCAUCACAUCACUAAAGAUGACCUGGAGGUCCUGCCGUCCCGGCCUUCCUCCAGCACAAGCGUGGCCGCGGUGGAAGGCCCCAGAGCCCGGCGGAAAAGUCUGGGCUGCAGCCUGCAGGACGGCGGCGGCAGUGUGAGCGAGGCCACCCACAGGCUCGUGGUGUCCUGGUUCGUUGACCAGCCAGAGCAGCCCUUUGGCCUGCACCAGCUGGUGGAGAUGGGCAAGAGCCUGGGGAAGCAGGCCGGGGACUGGUACGGUCCCGCCACCGCCGCCCACAUCAUUCGGAAGGCAGUAGCAGCAUCUGACUUAUCUGAUCUGGUGGUUUAUGUGGCCCAGGACUGCACUGUGUUCAAAGGGGACAUUGUGCGGCUGUGCGAGCGGCCCCCGCCGGAGGGUCCCAGGGGCCGCGGGGCUCCGUGGAGGUCCCUCAUCCUCAUGGUGCCCGUUCGGCUCGGGGGAGACGCCCUCAACCCGGCCUACACAGAGUCUGUCAAAAGACUUCUCGGGUUAGAGUGUUGCCUUGGAAUCAUCGGGGGCAGGCCCAAACAUUCCCUCUAUUUUGUCGGCUUCCAAGACGAAAAGCUGGUGUACUUAGACCCUCACUACAGCCAGUCCUCCGUGGACAUCAGCCAAGAAGACUUCCCGUUAGAGUCGUUUCACUGUAAGGCGGCGCGGAAGAUGGCCUUCAGCCGCAUGGACCCCAGCUGUGCUGUGGGCUUCUAUGCCAGAGGCCAGCAGGACUUUGAGACGCUGUGUGUGCUGGUCAGUGCGGCACUAAACGCAGAGAAAGAGAAGUACCCAAUGUUCACCUUUAUGGAAGGCCAGCGGGCGGAAGAGGUGGACGACGGACAGAGCGAAAAGUCCUUUUUCUCUGACGUUUGUAUCCUCGGCCAACGCAAGGCGAGCAGCGCGAGCCAGUCAAGUAGCACCGAUGAGUUUGUGUUAUUGUGAGGACACGCUGUAUGUACCAGAGUCAACUCUUUAAGGACACGGGACUGAUAAAAGAGCUGUGUUUGACACCAGCCCUUAGCCGGUCCGAACAUGAGUGAAGGUAAACAAAUAGGUGUUCUGUGAAAGCUGUCUACACUGAAAGUGCUCAUGGUAGCCUCUGUGAGCAGACAAUGUUUACACGGCCAUAGUGUCCCGUUUGAUAAGCUCGGCGUAUGACGCACCGCUCUGAAUGUAAAACAAAAACAUUGUUUUGCACUGAAAACUGACUACUGUGUCUACACACUUACAUGAUCCUCACAGAGGAUGUCUGGGGAUCUGCUUCCAGUUAUAUCAGUUCACCUUGUCAAUGUUGAGAUAAAUGUCACACUGUUUGGUUGACACAAAAUGUUCCUUCUGAAGUUCAAGCAUACUUUAUUUGUAUUUAUUAGUUCAGCGUUAAUGUUGCACCCUCUGUAGAUGAGAACUACUGACUAGUUGGACAGAAAAUAUCUGUUGACAAACUGAACUUGCUCAUAGCCCAUGUGCUCUUGUGUCUUGGUCAGUGUCUGUCAACACUAAGCGUGGUCAGAGGCCUUAGCCUGCUAAGCUGUGGUGGUCGUUAAGGUCCUAAGCAGCUCGGCCCAUAUGGCCAUGUGUCUGUCUGUCCGUCCUCAACAGCAGCUACUGUCCGUCUCAGGGUCUCCUGACAAUCGUAUUGUUAUUACCUCACGUCGAAAAUGUGGGCUUCUGUUAUCUUAAUUCAUGGGGGUUUAUGUACACUUUAUUGUAAGGUAUUUGUUAUUGUCCCAAACACAAAGUGAUUGGGGGCAUGAGUGAAGGGUACUCUAGAAGCUUUUCUUAAAUUACAUUGACAUUGUAGGAUGAGUGGUGUGUGUGUGUGUGUGUGAUGAGAUUUAGAUUUUGGAUGGUUAUUGAUGGAAAAAGAAAAAUGGAAAUAUUUAUGCAAAAUUUGGAUUUUAUUGAUAAUACAUUAUUUGUUUUCUUACAUUGAAUCAGAAGUGUUGUACUGAGUGGGCACUGUUAUAUGAAGAGACCUGACAUGGCAAAUAAAAAUAUGUCUGACAUGCUA